AGACACGCCACGCCCUGCAACGCGCUCAAAACAUGCACACACGAGCAGCGGGCCAUUCGGCGCCUCGAGAAGAUCCUUCGGCAGCGUUACAGCGACUUCCUCGUCUACUUCGGUCUCGGGGGCCGCAUCCUCCCCUCGCAAGCUCCUCGCUGA